AUGUUCAACAGGAGCAGAAGCCUCCACAACGGCUCACCCGACGGCCUCGGCCUCGACGUCCUCUUUCCCCCCGCCGGCACGAGCGACGAAGAUGCGAUCGUGGACAUCGUCUUCGUGCACGGACUGGGUGGGUCGAGGUACGGCACGUGGACGAAAGACGGCGUCCUGUGGGGGCGGACGGUACUCGCGCUGGACUUUCCGACGGCGAGGAUCUUGGGCGGGAGUUGGGCCUGGGGCUACGAUACAGAUGUCGUUCGGUUCUUCGGGCCGGUGGGACGGUCUAACGUGCAGGAUCUGGCGAAAGAUCUGGAUAGGGAUCUUGUGCAGGAGCGGUUUGAGGAGUAUCAGAUUUCUAGGCCGAUAAUCUUUGUUUCUCACAGCUUGGGAGGCUUGGUUGUUAAAGAUGCCCUGUUUAUGUCAUACCGCGAAGGAGUCAAGGAAGCUCGUGAAAGCGUCGAUAAGCGCCUUGCUGCAAUAAAAUCUUCCACAAAGGGUGUGCUAUUCGCAGGAACACCUCAUCGGGGUGCGGACAAGGCAAAAUGGGCAGCCACUGCUACCACUGGCGUGGUUUUUAAAAAAGGAUUAUUCUGUCGAAAUAAGGUUCCCAGCCUCCUACCAGCCACCUGUUGGAACAACCACCUAAUUUGUGAGGGAGGCCUCAACACUCUGAAGCGAGGAUCCGAGGUUCUCGAAAGACUGCAAGACAGUUUCAGGGAUAUCCUGGAGCACUUCGGCGUAUACACAUUCGUCGAAGACGUCGGAUAUCCGAAAGUUGGCAGGAUCGUGGAAAAAGACUCUGCGAUCAUCGGCUGGCAUGAAAAGGAGUACCACAUGCAUGCAAACCAUUACGAUAUGGUUAAGUUUACCAGCGAUAAGGAAAACGACUACAAGAAGGUCAAAUUUACUAUUCGAGAGAUCAUAAAGGACCGCAUCGAGGGAGGGCGUACAGAAGCAAACGGUAUACUCACCGUUGCCGCCCCUGGAGGCGAUGCAGUCACCAUGGAUUGA